AUGACCAUUCAAAGGUUGCGCAACAACCCUCAGCCAGAACUCGGUGAGCUGGUGCUUGAUUUGGUGGAAAAGAUGUCCCCGGGUCGCUGCUAUGUAUUCGUCUUCGAUUCCGUCUACGAGCCCAUCUUCGGAAUGGAGUUGUUCGAUCGUGUUGCCCGAGUGUCGAGAUUUGUCGUGAAAAUACCGCCGGAAGAGGAUACGCUCAAUCCUCGCCCAGCGCUCCGGUGCUCUCUCGAGGCGAUUCGCAAAGUAGGCUGCGCUGGCUAUGUGAUGCUUCUGGCGAACGGGAUCCAAAUGGAGCGCCUUCUGCGAUUUGGUGAUAAAACGCGCAUAAUCGAUACACGUGCUCGGUUCAUUUUGCUUCACGAUUACCGUCUGUUCCAGCCGCAACUGCACUACCUCUGGAAGCGCAUAGUGAAUGUUGUGUUCGUGCGUAAACUGCGCAAACAUUCAAAACACGUGGGCCACCGCUAUCGUACGACCAUCGACGAAAAUUCAAAUCCGGUGUACGAAGUCAGCACCGUCCCGUUCCCGAUACCGUUGCAGGGAGUGUUUUUCUCCAAAAUUCUCAACUUCUGGCAAGGGGGAAAGUUUCGGCAGACGAGAAAAAAGGUGCUGUUCGAUGACAAAACCACAGACUUGCGCGGCCAGCUGAUGCACGUGGUUGUGCUCGAGCACACGCCGGCCGUUUUCAAGUCGCUGCCGGCGGCGACCGUUGGAACUGAAUCAAAUCCCCGUCAACAGAAACCCGAUCCAACCGAUCUGCCCCACGUUUACUUUGGGCUGGAAAUUGAGCUGCUGAAAGCAGUAGCGAAGGCGAUGCACUUUAAAAUGCUGUUUUUCGAGCCACCCGACGCCGACACGGAACGCUGGGGAACGGCGGAGGACAACGACACGUUUACGGGCCUGCUGGGAGUGAUGCACGACGGGCGUGCGGAUUUUGCGCUCGCCGAUCUCCACCACACCGAGUAUCAUCUUGCGUUUAUGGACCUAAGCAUACCGUACAACACGGAGUGCCUUACCUUUCUGACUCCGGAAGCGUUGAGUGACAACAGCUGGAAAACCUUGCUCCUUCCCUUUAAUGGAGAAAUGUGGGCCGGCGUGCUAGCGUCGCUGUUCUCCGUGGGUUUCGUGUUCUACGCGUUCUCCAACACGCUAGCCUACAUCCACCGCUACGAACGUGGCUACCAGCCGGAGUAUGAUCUCCUACAGCGGCGCAAACGAAAAAGGAGGACCCGUUUCGCCUUUCGUGCAAUUUUGCGCGUCCCGCACUGUUGCCGGUCGGUGAAAAUUCCGCGCCGUUUACAAAAACUUGGCCGAAAGAAAAGUGUUGCACCGGACGCCGAAAUGCUGCGCAAGCUACGCAUGGUUCCGUUCAAACGGAAACCCGAACCAUGGCACGAGCCGAUGCCCCCGAAGGACAUUUUCGACACAUUUGCCGGGUGCAUCAUUUACACUUACAGUAUGCUGCUGCUGGUGUCGCUUCCCCGUCUACCGUCCGGAUGGCCGCUGCGGGUCCUCACCGGCUGGUACUGGUUGUACUGUGUGCUGGUCGUCGUAGCUUAUCGUAGUUCCUUCACUGCCAUCCUUGCGAAUCCGGUGCCCCGGCUAACGAUUGACACGCUGCAAGCGCUAGCUGAAAGCCCCAUCCGGUGUGGCGCAUGGGGGGAACAGCACCGGCUGUUUUUCCAAACGGCACCCGACCCAACCUCGCAAGCGAUCGGCUACAAGCUGGAACACGCGCCCAAUGCGGACGAGGCCGUGGAGCGCGUAGUGAACGGCAUGUACGCGUACUACGAAAACAUCUAUCUCCUGCGGCAGCUGCGGUCAACGAGGAACUCCGAAAAGGCACGUCAAACGCUGCACAUUAUGCAGCAGUGUGCCGUCCACAUGCCGAUCUCCGUUGGGCUGGAAAAGAACUCUCCGCUGAAGCCCCAGGUCGAUCGUUACGUGCGGGCCCUGGUAGAAGGUGGGCUGACCGGUAAGUGGCUGUCCGAUGCAAUCGAAAGAUUUCAAUCCAACGUUGAGCUGCCACCACAAGAGGCUACGAUCGAUCUGAAGAAAAUGUAUGCCGGUAUCGUAGCUCUUAUAAUUGGCUACGGUGUCGCGCUGGCGGCGUUCACGGGCGAGAAACUCUACUGGCGGUUCUACGUACAAACGGACCCCGAUUUCGAUCAGUACCUGUUGGGGAUAAGGUUUCGCAAUCGGGCUUGA